UUUAAAUCACAGCAGAAGAAUCGUGAUUAAGGUAGACAAACCCUGUAAAAAGUUAGGCCUGUCAUAAAUUCAUUUUCAGCAAACGGAAAAUGAGAGGACUAAUACUUUUUGUUAUCGCGGCUAUUGUGGUCAGCGUCUCUUCAGAAUUAGCAGUAGUAUGUCCAGAACCCGUAUAUGGAGACGUUUCAUUUGCUCCUCAUCCAUGCAACUGUAGCGUUUAUUACGAAUGUAGAGAUGGCAAAAAAGAUGUGAAGGUUUGCUCAUCGCCAUUAGAGUUCAACGUGGAAGAACAAAUCUGCGAUUGGCCACAAAAAGUGAACUGCAAAGUUGCAACAGAAUGUCUCAACUCGUGCCAAUGCCUGUUACUUAUCGUUUUCGCGGUCAUUGUGGCCUACGCAUCUGCAGACUGUCCAGAGUUAAGUGUGGUGUGUCCAGUUCCCAUAUAUGGAGAUUAUGCAAACGCCCCACACCCGUGCAAAUGUGACGUUUACUUCGAAUGUAGAGAUGGUGAAAAAUACGUCAAGAAGUGCGAACCACCACUUUUCUUUAACUCGGAGACACAACUCUGCGACUGGCCAUCAAGAGUGGCGUGCAAAAUUGAUCCAAGUUGUUCAUUGUCGCAACAAGUUUGUUAA